AUGGAACCUCUUGAUGACCAGAACAUUUUUUCCGAGUUCGAAGAUGAGGAGAGAAGGCAGCUCAUCGAGGAGCUGAUACGUCAGGACCCUAGACUAGCGGAACUCCCGCGUACGAACUUUUUUACUCUUUGGUUCUCGGAUAUUGAAGUCCUUCGGGUGUUUGCCAACGUGCUUCAGAGGGGUGAUCCCAAUUUCAAAUGGCGAAAAUAUCUUUUGUCCACCCCCGACCCAAGUGAUGUACCUGGAGUCUUCGCAUCAAGUAAGCAGGCCAAUAAGUCGUCCUCGAAAGGCAAAUCUUCCUCCGGGUCUAGAUUGCCUGUACCAGCUCAAAGCCCCGCGGGCAGGACUCGCUCCACGUCUCCUCGAAAGGGCCAGCCGGGUCUCCGCGAGCGUUCGAUUAACACGCCACGUACUUCUUGGGAUGACCAGCAAAACCCCCUCGGUGAAUCGUCAACUUCCGUUCAGCAAAGCCCCUCCCUUGGUCAGGAUUUGACUUUGUGCCUGGAGCGAGAUAGUAACAGGUGCAUCAUAACCAAGCGCGAUCACCCCGGGAUUCAGUGUGCCCAUAUCAUUCCCUACAAAUUGAACGGUUCCAGCACCCGGGGUGCAACCUGGGAAUGGCUCGAAAAUUUCUGGGGUGAGGCUCGCGCCGACAGGUGGAAGGCUGAGCUCCUCGGUGGCUCAAAUCACCAGAUCAAUACCGAACAGGUCAAGAACAUAACUACUGGGAUAAUUGCCUGUAUGCUUUCCGCCACUUGA